AUGCCUGCCGAUCCAGUCGCGCAAACAGUCGACAUCGACGAAGAACCCUACGAGUCCGCUGAAGACGAAGAUUUCCAGCUCGACGCCGCACAAGAUGAUUCCGAGCUGUCGUCUUCCGACGAGGCCCAGGCCGAGGCCGAACCCGCAAAGAAGAUACGAAAAAACGAUAAGAAACGCGAUGCGCCCGAGGAUAUCGAGUUAGACUCUGGCGAUGAAAUUACGAUCAAGAAGGCGCAGGCCAAGCGGAGGAGGCGGAAGGGAAAGAAGGGUGAUAAUGACUCUGAUCUCGACGACGAUGAAGGGGGCACUGGUGGUUUUGUACGAACACGCGCUAUGAAGGCGAUAAUCCAAGAAGAGCGCAAACCGCUAGCCAGGAUCGACGGCGCGACUGUGGACGUGAACGCCUUGUGGGAACAGAUGAACGACCCCGGGAAUGCCCUGGGAACAUCGACGUCUGAGACGGAAAAACAGACCGAGUCGGCCCCAGAGCCCGAUCACUCCGCCGACACGCAGAAGAAAGACCAGCCUAUCACGGAUGCAGAGGAUAACUCUCGCCAGGACCAGUACGCCGACCAGAUGAUCAAGAUCAAGCGCACAUACAAAUUCGCAGGCGAAUGGAUCACAGAGGAGAAGGUCGUGCCCAAGGGAUCUGCCGAAGCCAAAGUCUUCUUAGCCAGCGGGGAAGCCGUCGAAUACGCCGAUGCAGACGCCGUAGCUGCCGCGGCGGAAGCUGCUCGAAACCUCCGCCGACCGAUACGCAAAAUCUCACGAUUCGACCCCAAUCCGACCGGUACAAUUAAGAAGAGCUGGGAGAAACAGGCCGUCGGACCCGGCGACGACGCGAAGGGACCUAAAAUCAAUACUGUGGAGAAAUCUCGCCUGGACUGGGCACAGUAUGUCGACCAGGCUGGUAUCAGCGACGAAUUGCGCACACACAGCAAGGCUAAGGAGGGCUAUAUGAAUCGCAUGGACUUUCUGGGUCGCAUGGAUGCCAAGAGGGAAGAAGAGGCUCGCCAAGCUCGUCUCAAGGGCAUGUGA